GCGUCACUGGGGUUUUCCAGUCAGAUUUACUCCCCUCAGUGUGCGGAGAAGAGAGCGAGAGAACUGUUUGCACAGCAGCCAGACUCUGAUUAAGGAACGAAGGACUUCGGACUUCUAAGACGCAUUUAUUUUUCAUCAAGCUGCAGUGCAGACUGCUAAAGGAAGCCUCGACGCGGGAAUCUGGGGAAACGCGUAGACCAGUUGUGCAGUAAACAUCUCGCUAGCGGUCGGGAAGUGCGACGGUCCUCUAUUCAACCUCUUCCGAAAACUUUAGCUCAGAGUAGUAUCAUUCUCGGUUACCCUAGCUCGUUUAUUUUGCUCUUUUUAAGUACCAUUUUACACCUGGAGAAAUGUCCAGCCUGCUUUCCGUCGAACCCGAGAAGGGCAGACCGGAAGUGGCGUUACCUGGGCAACAGGCGCUGCACGAGCGUCCUCAGACCGUCUACGUCAUAUUAGACUCCUCAGCCGAAUCUGUCGAUCUCAUCAGUGUUGAACCCCUUCUUCCUGAGUCUGGGAUUGUGGCAGAUAUUGAGGUAGAAGGCGUUUUCUCCACCGAUUUGGACACUUUCUAUGAGCUGAAGAGUCAACCCAUCACCCCAUGUGGCUCUGUGACCUCUGCUGACCCCGUGACCCCAGCCGGCUCCGUCAUGACGUCACGUGUGUUGAUGAGGCAGGAGCUGAUGCGACAGCAGGCUCAGGACCAGGAGAGACGGGAGGCCCAAAAACAGGCCUCCAGCGCUCAGCAGCGGCCCACUGAUGCCACCCCUGCCAUCUCUGUCGCAUCCGCCCUGCCGGCCACCCCGACCCAGGUGCCCGUGGAAGUGCUGAAGGUCCAAACGCACUUGGAAAACCCAACAAAGUACCACAUCCAGCAAGCUCAGAGGCAGCAAGUGAAGCAAUACCUCUCUCACACCCUUGGCAAUAAAAUAGCCAAUCAGACUCUGGCGACAUUGCCCUCGCCCCAGCCUGCCUCCGCCCCUGAGUUGGCUCCUGCCGCCAGUAGCACUCCCAGCAGCCCGCUGGCUGUGCUCAGCCUGGGAUCAAACAAAGAAGAGAUUGAAGACGUCAUCGAUGACAUCAUCAGCCUGGAAUCAAGUUUAAACGAUGAAUUUAUGACACUGAUCGACUCGGGUUUGCAGCUUCCCAACACGCUGCCGGUCUCAGGAAACCUCCUGGAUGUGUACAGCAGUCAAGGAAUGGCGGCACCCAGCUUCAUCGUCAGCAACUCCUGCCCUGCAGACCUGCAAAACGGUAAGAGAGAGUUGACCGAUCCCGAGGCAAAAGCUAUUAUGAAGGAGAGACAGAAAAAAGACAAUCAUAACUUGAUUGAGAGGAGAAGAAGGUUCAACAUUAACGACCGCAUUAAGGAACUUGGAGCUCUCAUUCCAAAGUCCUCUGACCCGUCAGUAUCACUGCUCUCGUUCUCACUUCUGUCUGGUUUUCAACAGUGACUGUUUCCAGUGCGAGAUGCGCUUGAACAAGGGCACCAUCCUAAAGGUGUCAGUCGACUACAUCCGUAAGCUACAGAAGGAGCAGCAGAGGG